GUAGCACAGUUCGGAUUAGUUUAGUAGGUUUUUGUAUUUUGCGUUGCACAGAAGUUUAAAGGGAGUGUUCGGAGGGUCUCCGCUAACUCCACCUCCUGCACUCAGUGCUUGCCCCCUGGCUCUGCUGUGAGUUUAGGAUUCUUCCACAGUGUAGACGAUACUAUUAACUCAGUGGAACACUGCUGAUCUCUCACCAGCGCGGCCCGAUUCAUCACCAUGUUCUGGUUCCUUGGCACGCUCCUUCUCGCAGUCUCCCAGCUCCCAAAGUCUGCUGCAGACAUACAGCUGAACAGCAAUGUCCCGUUAGAGCCCUAUGAUUUGCUGUACGACAACGCGAUCGAGGCUUAUUACAUCGGAGACUGGAAAUCGGUCAUCUUGAACAUGGAGCGGGCGCUGCGAAACAAGGGGGCACUCCGCCGGGCGAAGGCACACUGUUGUCUUCUUUGCGCCAACCAGACCGGCUUCGGUGAACCUCUACCGGGCUUGGGCAUGGCGCUGCCAGGGAUGGGGCCAGUUGAAGACCUCGGCUUUUUCCAAAAAGUGGUCAAAAGGGCUGCGUGCAUACAUGAGUGUGAGAUGGAGAAAGUGGGGCCCGCAUCUCUCCACAAAGUCAGCGAGGAGGUGGCGCUGGAGUUUAGGAAGAGGAGCCCUUAUAAUUAUCUCCAAGUGGCUUAUUUUAAGAUUAACAGGCUGGAGAAGGCUGUCGCGGCUGCCAACACAUUCUACAUUGCUAACCCCGAGCACGAGGAGAUGAGGCAGAACCUGGAGUACUACAAGAUGAUGGCAGGAGUGCAGGAGUCCGACUUCAAGGACCUGGAGGCAAAGCCCCACAUGGAUGAGUUCCGGCAGGGGGUGAAGCUCUACACUGACGAUCAGUUCCAGCCCGCGAUCGAGCCCUUUGAGAGGGCCCUGGAGGCCUACUUCUCAGCUGACCUGGAGUGCCGUGCGAUCUGCGAGGGGGCCUACGACUACGAUGGCUACAACUACCUGGAGUACAGUGCAGACCUCUUCCAGGCAAUCACAGAUCACUACAUUCAGGUGCUGAACUGCAAACAGAACUGUGCUGUGGAGCUGGCUACCAGACCCGGCCGGGACAAACCCAUUGAGGACUUCCUCCCUGAACACUUCAACUACCUGCAGUUUGCCUAUUACAACAGUGAGAAGUAUGAGAAAGCCAUUGAAUGUGCAAAAACCUACCUCCUCUUCCGACCCAAUGAUGAUGUGAUGAUUCAGAACCUGGCUUACUACUCGACAGUGCUGGGGGAGGAGAGGGCUGCAGCAAUCACUGCUAGAGAGAAUAUCCAGCAAUACAUGAAGCAGUCUCUCCUGGAGAAAGAACUGCUGUACUUCGCCUAUGACAUCUUUGGAAUCGCUUUUGUUGACCCGGACACGUGGACCCCUGAAGAAAUCAUGCCUCAGAGGCUGCGAGACAAACAAAAGGCGGAACGGGAGACAGCAGCCCGUAUCUCUGAGGAGAUUGGGAACCUGAUGAAGGAGAUAGAGAACCUGGUGGAGGAGAAGAGCAAGGAGUCAAACGACAUCACCCAGCUGGUCAGAGAAGGUGGCAAAGUGCUGUUUGAUGGGAUCACCAUCAGCAUGACCUCCAAGGAGCUCAACGGGUCCCAGAGGGCGGUGCUGGAUGGGGUGGGGACAGAAGAGGAGUGCAGGGAGCUCCACCUCCUGUCCAAUGCAGCCGCUUUGAAGGGGGAUGGGUACAGAGGGACUCCCUCUCCACACACACCCAAUGAGAAGUUCCACGGAGUUACUGUCCUCAAAGCACUGAAGCUGGCACAGGAGGGCAAGGUUCCCCUGAAGAGCGUGCGGCUGUAUCAUGACCUCAGCGAGAAGGUGCGGAAGGUUCUCGAGUCGUAUUUCCGUCUGGAGACGCCGCUGUACUUCUCCUACACACACCUCGUCUGCCGCUCUGCCAUCGACGAAAAACAGGAGGGCCGGGAGGAUCUCAGUCACUCCGUGCAUGUGGAUAACUGCUUACUCAACUCCGAGGCCAUGGAGUGCAUUAAAGAAACCCCCGCCUACACCUACAGGGACUACAGUGCAAUCCUUUAUCUGAAUGAUGACUUUGAAGGCGGCAAUUUCAUCUUCACAGAGCUAGAUGCGAAAACAGUUACUGCGGAGGUCAGGCCGAAGUGUGGUCGAGUUGUUGGGUUUGGAGCUGGCAAGGAGAACCCUCAUGGGGUGAAAGCCGUGACGAAGGGACAGCGCUGCGCCGUGGCAAUGUGGUUCACACUGGACCCACGGCACAAUGAAAAGGAGAGAAUCCAAGCUGAAGAGCUGUUGAAAAUGCUCUCUAGUCCAGUUGAUGCAGAAUUUCAAGAGGUCGCUAAAGAAAGCCCAGCAGAAUCAAAACAGACUGCCGAGACACCAGGGAACGCACAGACAGACGUCACAGAGGAAACAGACUCUAUUUCAGAGAAACAGGCUCCAGUAACAGAGGUCCAAACAGACUCAGAAUCUGGACCUGUAUCAGACUCAUCCACAAUUAAUGCCUCUGUCUCCUCUGCAAAGACUGAGCAGAAAGUUUCAGAAAGCAGAGAUCCCACCGCUGCCACCAGCUCAGCUCUGGACUCAAGUGACAGAAAAGAGGAGCUAUAAGUUUCAUUUGCAGCAGUUUUAAUUUUAUAUUGUGUUUUUUUUAUAUAUAUAUAUAUAAAUGUGUUUGGUUUUGUGGUCAAUAAAGUAUUUUGUGGGGAUGUUG